GGAGUUGUAAUCAAGGCAUGCGAUCACAACACAACUGACAUGACCGAGAGUACGACGACGACCUCCACACACAAGACCACCACAGCUGAUGCGUCUCCUGCAAAUGGGUGCACUGCACGACUGGUCACAUUAUCCAGCACUGGCACGAGUGCCAGUCCACACAUCGCCACCCGCAGUAGCGACGACGACGCUGUGAGUCCGAAAAGCCGAGGCCAGCGCCGCGAACCAGUCGUUACCCUUCCUGCUCGAUAUGGGCACGGGUUUGGCGUGUCGUUACCGAGUUGGCAUGCCAGUAAAGCGAACCAAGCCAACAGUAGCCGCACAUCCACGAGCAACGCCAGUAGUGCAGCAUGACCCCAAGCAAGUGUGCCAUAUGCAUUAUGAUCUAUGAAUCCACCGUAAUAUAUUCUCUAUUAUUCUGCCUCGAAUA